AACCCUUCCUUCCCACUCUCCUCCUCCGCCUUCUUUAUCUCCCUCCACCGUCUCAGAUUCGACUCUCUCCUUCUCUGCUUUUUCUAAAUUGAUUUAUUUCUUUAUUCUCUCUUCUCGAGGAGUCUUUGAUUUGACCGGAACAUUGUUCCGGCAGCUUUAACACAAUACCUCACUCUCUGGUUUCUUCUCCGUCGUUAUCUUAACGCCGUUAAAAAAUAUAUUUAAAGUUGCAAGUGACACCGGAAUUCUAAUCGCUGUACCCAGAGAAGCCCUAAAAGCACUGUCGAUUUCUCUGCUCAAUCUUCCUCUGCUUUAUUUUAUAUAUAUAUAUCGCGUGCAUUGUACAGUAGGAAGUAGCAGUCCUUUUGCAUGACCUUAUUUUUCAGAUAAACAAGAUGAGCUACAAUACAAGUAUAAACGUUUCUCAUGAUGCUGUGGCUGUUAAACCCGAGCGCGGCAAUAUGCUUCAGAGCCAUGGUUCCAAAGAACAUCCUCUUCCUCAAGAUUCUGAAGAAAAUAGAGGAUCUAUCGGUGGUCAGAGUAGCACUAGUGUCGUUGAUCAGGUCCGGUCGCCAGCUGAUGAUGCUGGUGUCACUUCUUCAUCCACCAUAUGUCCAGCUCCUGUUUGUCGGCAGUUCUGGAAAGCUGGAACCUAUACUGAUGAAUUGAGUUCAAAGUCUCAGCAGCCAAAUGGCAGAAACUAUCUUCAUGUGCACCCUAUGUUUCUUCACUCCAAUGCUACUUCACAUAAAUGGGCUUUUGGUGCUGUUGCAGAACUUCUUGACAAUGCUGUUGAUGAGAUCCAAAAUGGGGCCACUUUUGUCAUUGUAGAUAAAAUAACAAAUCCAAGGGAUGGCACAACAGCAUUGCUAAUUCAAGAUGAUGGAGGUGGGAUGGAUCCUCAGGCAAUGCGGCAUUGUAUGGGUUUUGGCUUCUCAGAUAAAAAGGCGGAUUCAGCCAUUGGAAGAUAUGGAAAUGGUUUCAAGACCAGCACAAUGAGACUUGGGGCAGAUGUCAUCGUUUUCAGUCGCCAUUUAAAGAACCAAACAUGGACACAAAGUAUUGGGCUCCUUUCCUAUACUUACCUGACACGUACUGGCCAUGAUAGAAUAGUUGUUCCCAUUUUGGAUUACGAGUUUAAAACAUCAGCUGGCGAGUUCAGGUCAUUACAAGACCGAGAACAUUUUAAAUCCAGUCUCUCCAUUCUACUAGAAUGGUCUCCAUUUUCAACUGAAGCAGAACUUUUGCAGCAGUUUGGCGACGUUGGACAACAUGGGACAAAGGUUAUUAUCUAUAAUAUGUGGCUCAACAGUGAUGCUAAAUUGGAAUUAGACUUUGAUUCGGCUGCAGAGGAUAUUCUCAUUGAAGGAAACAUAAAAAAAACUGGAUCUAAGAUUGUGAAUGAUCAUAUUGCAAGCCGAUAUUCUUACUCUCUUCGUGUUUACCUAUCCAUAUUAUACUUGCGGAUUCCUGAGACUUUCAAGAUCCUUUUGCGAGGUAAGGUUGUCGAGCAUCAUAACGUUGCUGAUGAUCUCAUGCAUCCGCAGUACAUCUUGUAUAAGCCUCACGCUGCUGGAUCUGAAGAGGCUUUAGUUGUAACGACGAUUGGAUUUCUGAAAGAAGCUCCCAAAAUAAAUCUUCAUGGGUUCUGCGUUUAUCACAAAAACCGUCUUAUUAUGCCAUUUUGGGAGGUCAUAAGCUAUUCAAGCAGUCGAGGAAGAGGGGUUGUUGGUGUUCUAGAAGCUAAUUUUGUUGAGCCAACCCAUAACAAGCAGGAUUUUGAGAAAACUGUUCUUCUUCAGAAGCUUGAAAACCGUUUGAAGGAAAUGACAGUGGAGUAUUGGAGCUGUCAUUGUGUCUUGAUUGGGUAUCAAGUAAAUAAGAAGCCUCGUCUUCAGAUACCUCAAAAUGUUCGACCUGCCGGUAGACAAGCAGUAAGUCCUCCUCCAGGCUUCAAAGCAGUUUUUCCGCAAGGAAAUUUGACGUCUCUCCCUAGAGUUUCAGCUGAGCCAGUGCUAUUGGAGAAGAGGAAAGAACAUCCUGAUGCUAUUGCAAGCGCAGUGUCAAAAAGAAAGGUUGGGAAUGAUGGCUUUACUGUCCCGGGGCAGGAUCGGGUUGAACAGUUUAUACGUGGAUCUGCAAGUCAGUCACAAGAUAUUGAAAUUGUCAAGUUGAUGGAAAAAAACAAGAAGCUUCGAGCAAAAUGUCUGGAUCACAAGGUGCGAAGUCAGAACCUUGAAAUCAAGGCCAUGAAUCUAAGGAGUGAGCUGGAGAAAGCUAAAAGCGAGUAUGAAAGGCUAAUGGUAGAGCUACAAGAUUUGGGUUUGGUGAAGGGGGAGCACAGAAGAAAUGUAGAUACCUAGAAAUAUUCUCUGCACUUGAAAACACUAUUUUUGGCUGGUCAUAUCCAGCUUUUAGGUUUGAAAACUAGAGAUCUUUAGCUAAUCUCUCUAGUAAUCUACUAAUGAGUUGCCUAGGACAAGGCAACAAAAUGUGAAAUAACAGGGUUCGUGUUUAUGAAAUCAAAUACCCUUUUUUGUCUAGAAAAUUCACCAAAA